AUGAGUAAACAAUCUAACGCGAACUUGAAUAAGUAUACUGUGUAUGAUGCAUGUAAUAGCAUUAUCAAAGUGUCCAAAAAUCAUAUUAUGCCAGCAGAUGAAUUAUUAUCAAAGAAAAUUAACCAUAUAUUACCUAUUCCUUUUAAAUCAAGAAAUGAUUUUGAACAAAUAUCAGAAAUAGAUAAACAAGAGGGAUUAUAUACCGGCAAUUUAGCACCCCAAAUAGACCUAAAAGUUUUACAUUAUUUCUUAACCCAAUUGUGUAUACAAAGGUAUCCACAUCUAAUUAACUGUUUUGAUGAAACAAGUUUAAUUACAUUAGGUUUACUGGUGGAUCAAUGGAUAGAAGAAUAUUUCUAUUCUAUGGAUUCGGAAGAAUCAGCUACUGAAUUGGAUAGUGAUUCAGAGGGAACAGAGAAUACAAGUGAAAGCUAUGAUGAUGGUUCUGAGAGUGAAGAUGCUACUGCUUUGACAAAUAAUACUGAGACUUCCAAACCAAUAAUUGGCAAAGGCCCUGCACAAUCAUUUGUUAAAUUUGUGAACUAUAGAGAUUUCCCUGCAGAUAUUUGA